AAUUAUUCAGCAUUUUAGUGCAAAUACUAGUAACCAUGCUUUCGUGUGCAGUUUUGACCUAAGGUGCGCAUUUUUGCAAGCAUGUUUGAAUAUUAUUUUCACUAACGUAAUUCAUUUUUAGGCAUCUUCUCCCCUAAUAUAUGAAUUUCAUUUCUUCUCUCUUACUUUCUUGUUCAGAUACUGGAAAAGGGACACCCAUGACAAAAUGUUUUUGGAAAGGGGAAGGGGGGGAAGAGACUUCAUUAGGAACAAAUUGCCCAAAUGGGUUUGUUUUGAAUUUUGUUGUGAACAGAGGGCUUAUUUCCGUAAAUGUAAUCAGCUUUUGACUUACAGACACACUUCCUCUGUGCCUAAAUAUCUGAGCAGAAAGGCAAGGGAAGCUGCUUUUUGAAACAUCCAAGGCACCACUUUGCCUUUACUCUGCCUCUUAUGACCUUACUUGGAAAAGGCCAGGAUGUCUUAUCAUUCAGCACAAUAAUUCGGAGAAUCCUCAUCCAAACACAACCCCGUUUGUUAUGUGUGAUAAGAGGUGCAGCCCAGCAACAGGAAGUGUGCUGUUUGAACCUUAUUCACGACUAGCCCCUGCAGUAGAACAGUGUGUUGUUUUUCCACGGAUAGGCACCAUGGCUAGCCAGCUGUUCCUCAUUCUGAUUCUCACUUCUCUGACAAGUUUCCUGAAGGCAGAAAGAAAUGGUAAGAGAGCCUUAAAUAAUUUCUCUGUCUCUCCUUGCAAUUGCUUUCAUUUAUUUCGAAUAAGAAUUAUUAUUUUUCCUUUGUGUGUAGGAAGAAAGUAAGGGUCACAGAUUAGGAGAAGUCUUCUCCACCGAAAGGGUCUCAAUAUAUUAUACAGUAUAAUGCAUCUUGUUUGCCUGUGUAUGGUGUGGGAAUGAAUUUGUAGGCUGCAUAUGCACCAUACAUUUAAAGCACUCCCCCCCCCCAAUAAUCCUGGAAACUAUAGAUUACCCAUCACAGAGCUACAAUGCAUUGAGGAACUACAGUUCCCAAAGUUUUUUUGGGGGGGGUGUUGCUUUCAAUGUGAUUUAAAUGGUGUGGGAAAGCACCCUGGAAUGUAGUUCUGUCUGUGAGAUGGUAAAAAUACAUUCUCUUUCAGCUACGGGGUGGUGGGAGAGAAAAUGAUAUACAUGACAAGGGAAAGAGCCUUUCAUAUAGCAAAUAAAUGUUUUGGAUGAGGAAGGCAGAAACAUAUAUCUAAUAUUGUUCCCAGAAAAAUAAAAAGUGUGACACAGAAGGAGUUAAUAAACAAGAAACGGUGAGAAUGAUAGUGGAAGUAAUGUUUCUAUGAAAUGAAGAAAUGCACCUGGUUUUAGUUGGGGGGGAUCAUAACAUUUCACAGAUCAAAGAAGUUGUGGCAAUAAAUUUAAUAUGUUUGUUCUCUCAAACACACCAAUGCUGCUAUGAACAGAAUAACUUCAUAAAAACUUCACAUACAAUAUAACAAGACCCCACUGGCAAUCUGGAACGAUAUUUUUAAACAAGUAGCUGGCUUUGGUGUUUUAAAUUCCUUUUUAUGUCAUCAGCAUAAGCAAUAUAGGCUUUAUGAAUGUUAACACCCUGUUAGUAAACACUUGGUUGGACAUGGAAGCAAGCCAUGUUAAUUUAACUGUAACCCACUGUUGAGUACGGUUGCUUAGGAUAAUAGCGUACAUCACAUGCAAUCGGCCCAGUCGAAUGAUGAUCUGUAUUUCUUCAUGUGCUUUGGCUACCAUGGGAACUGAAGUGGCCGAUAUAGGAUGGGACUAGGGGCAUGGAAACAAUAGCAUCUAGUGAAAAAGUGAUGCCGCCCCAUUUUGGGUCUUCAUAAACCUCUUCUCAGGAGUCCUCAAUGGUUGGCAGGGAAUAGGUCAGGCAAAAGGUAGUAUUUAUUCAUACCACAGGUAGUUAAAUUUAUGGAAUUCACUGCCACACAUGAUGUAGUGAUGGCCACCAGUUUAGGGGACCAAACAACAUGAUGUUAAAAGCACCUUUGCACUUGAUGUGCAACUUAAAUGCUGGGGGAGGUGGCUGAUAAUUAUUAGCAUAACAGCAGAUGUGGAAGCAAAAUAAGCCUUUCCUCACCUACCUUCUGCCUCCUCAAUGCAAUUGAAAACUUUAGAGGGGGAAUUUUCAGGGUGAUAGGAGAAUAAUUUGGGCAGUAGAAAUUGAGGGAUAGAGUUGAGAGGAACAAGGUAUGAAAGGUGUAAGUCAGAGAAAACAGCUGGAACAGUCAAGGUGGGAGAUGACCACAGCAUGAAGCUGAGGUUUUAGCUGAGAUUUUGCAGAUGAAUCGGUAGAUUUCUGCAAUGAUUUUGGGAGAGGGGAGAAAGAGGAAGAACCAAAGAUAAGGCCAGAGCUUUGUGUUCGGCCAUCAGGCUUUAGAGGCAGAGCCCAGGGAGUUGGUGAGAGAGAGUCAACAGAGCAUCAACAGACUACAGACCCUGAAAGGAGCAAAUGACAAAAAGAUGGAGUGUGUGCAAUUUUGAAAGCAACAAGGUGAUGCCUGCAGAAAGCGACUGCCUACAAGAUGUGUAGAGUGGCAAUCCCAGAAUGAUGGAUUUUACUUCCACAUCUUUGUGGCAUGUAGUGAAAUCCAAUAUGGUGGUCUAAGUAGGAAUUUUGAGAAUUCUUGAGACAUGGACCAGGGAAGUCUCCUGAUGCCUGUGUUAGCCACCCACCCUGCAACUACAGGCUAUUAUGCCACCUGUUUCUUCACCCCAUGCUGUAUGGAAAGAGAGCAUCCAAUGAUCGUGGGAGGUUUCAGAGGGAUUUUACUGCUGUGGGAGCAACUAAAGCUGUGUACACAUUGCUGUUUCCUCUGGUUCCAGUACACCCACACCACCUCCCUUUUGGAUCCAUGUACACAUGGAGUUACCUGCCAUGCAGAGUUAUCCUGUAGGUUCUUGAGCAGUCCUGCUGUUUGAUGUGUUUUCCUUCAAACCAGUUUCAAUUCAAAAGGAAAACUUAAGCCACUUUCACAGCUAAGCUGAGGUGUGUGCAUUUGAGAAAGCCAUUGCUCGUGCAGGGAUUACAGCACAUGCACAGACGGGGAGCGGGUUGCAAGGGGUGCAAAAACCCAACAGGUAGUGUGCAUCAAGUGAAUACAUUCCCUCCUCCCACUCUGGUGUGUACAACAAUUGCAAAUGCCACUUGAAAUGCAGUGGGUGUGCUGGGUUUGGGAUGAGCUUGCUGUUUUCAGCUGCAAAAUGGGAGUGGCUUUCUCCUUUCCCCCAAGUGAAAUUUGAGAAGGCUGGAAGCGAAGUAAGUCAACCUCCUCUAGGGAGCAGCAGCCACCACAAGCACUGGGUGGCUUAUCUUCACUCCAUAGGCAAACAUAUGAGCCAGGCGGUCUAGCCUAAGAACUGAAUCACUGUUGCCCUGUGGGUGCUGCCUCAGACAACAUGCACAUGAGACGGAAAGAGACAGAGAAAGAACCAUGGUGUGCUUUCUAUCACAAGCAGAGAUGUGAAACCAUGUGCAACAUUUAUCUAUAAAUGCAAAACAGUUUUCCGUAAUGUGUUUUGAAAUUUGCAUACGAGGCAUGACUUGGUUGUUGUUGUUUUCUUUAGUGUUUCUACAGGAUAAAAAGGCAAACAAUUUUUUGGAACGAGCAAAGCGUGCCAAUUCUGCUUUUGAGGAGUUUAGGCAGGGAAACAUUGAAAGGGAGUGCAUGGAAGAGAGGUGUUCCAAGGAAGAAGCCAGAGAAGCCUUUGAAAACCAAGAGAAAACUGUAAGGACAAAGCUGGCCAAUGUGUUUGCUUUGCCUUCAUAUGACUGCCUCUUUCUGUCCUCAGUCCUCCGGAGCAAGAUCAAAACAGGGCCGACAGCUAUGUUCUACCAGCCGUGCCUUCACAGUGGAACUGUCAGCUGCAUUUAACAGCUUCCUGCUCCUGCAAAUAGGGACGCGGGUGGCGCUGUGGGUUAAACCACAGAGCCUAGGACUUGCCAACCAGAAGGUCGGCGGUUUGAAUCCCUGCGACGGGGUGAGCUCCCGUUGCUCGGUCCCUGCUCCUGCCAAGCUAGCAGUUCGAAAGCAUAUCAAAGUGCAAGUAGAUAAAUAGGUACCGCUCCAGCGGGAAGGGAAACGGCAUUUCUGUGUGCUGCUCUGGUUCGCCAGAAGCGGCUUAGUCAUGCUGGCCACAUGACCUGGAAGCUGUAUGCUGGCUCCCUUGGCCAGUAAAGUGAGAUGAGCGCCGCAACCCCAGAGUCGUCUGCGACUGAACCUAAUGGUCAGGGGUCCCUUUACCUUUACUCCUGCAAUACCCUAGCGUUCUCUCCAUGUGCUACUAUUUCCCCCUCUUCUUCCUUACUAUUGCUUCUUCCAGCUGGAGAACAAACUGGAACCCAGCCAUAUCUCUCCAUAUCUCUCUCCCUAAGCCAGGAAUGGGGAAUCUGGGACUGUACAGACGUUGUUGGAAUCCAACUCCCAUUAGUCCCAGCCAGCAAUGUCAAGGGUAAGAGAUGAUGGGAAUUGUAGUCCAUUGACAUCAUUCUGCAGGCUCCCCAUCCCUGUCCUAGACAAAGCAGAGGAGGGGGAAAUUGUGGAUAAUAAUAAUGAAAAAGGGAGUGGACAAGCAGGAAGGGUCAAGACUGUCUAUUGAAUAAUACCACUCUGACAACUCUGUUGUGAAGAUGCACUCAGUAGUGUGUGGUUGGCCCUGUUUUUAUAUUGCAUCUUAAAUGAUACUUUCCCCAUGCUUACAUAUAUGUGUGCAGCAGCUGAUUCCUUUAUUAAUAUUUUAUUAACAUAUUUCUAUUAUUUUUAUUACUGUACAAAAACAGCUGAGAUACAGUGGUUCUUCAUAAGAUAUAGAACGGUCAAGACCAAAAACAUAAGUCAUUAAAAUCAUUAGAAAUAUUAAGAAUGUUAACAGUGUAAGUAACAAGGUAUUAAGGACGCUUAAGGCAUAGAAGCUAUGGUAAGUUAAGAAAAACAGGAACUUAACACUGAUGUGGCAUACUUAUUAGAAAUAUUAGAGUGUUACAAACAUUACAGUGAUGAAACAAAAUUAACAAUACAGCAGCUACCUACUUGCUUGCAACACAUCAUCUCCUUGUUUAUUUACGUGCCAAUUCUACUAUGAAAGGAGAAUCAUAGAAUCAUAGCGUUGGAAGAAAGGGUUUCUGUUUAUCAAAAGAGAAAGAAAAGAAAAGCAUCAAUCAACACCUUUACAUUGCAUUUCUCUUCUUCCCCUCUAAUACUUUAUGCUCCUCUCACACUUCAUAAUAAACUCAAAUAUUUUGUUCAAUGCACUUAAUGGCCAGAAGCCAUUUAUUUAAUUCCACCCCCUUAUAAUUCUCAGACUCUUUCAUGAGUGGUCUGUUUCACCCUUACCUAUCAUAAAUUAUGGCCAUCUGCUCAACAAGCCAGAAAGACAAGAGUAAAGGUAAUAAAGGAAUUCCACAGGUAGGAAAGAGGGGAAUCUGCAAGUGAUAAGGGGGGAACUCUGAAAUAGCAAUCCUCCCUCAAGUUGCCUUAGUCCAGGUAGUGCAAUAUUGUCUCUCAGUUAGCUAAUGCUUCUUUUCUUUUAGUAUUUAGUAAUGGCAGUCAAUUGCUACUAUUAAACCAAAUGCAAUUAUUUUUUGCAAAUACUCCCAGAUCUGUUUGAAGUUGUCAAUAUAUGCACAGCUCUUGCUGAUGCUUGACAGAGUAUUCUUCUUAAUCUACCCGCCCUCCCACCUGAAGUCCCAAGGUGGGUUACAUUACAACACAACGUUAGUACUGUUUGCUAGGUCAGUUCAGGUGGCUUAAGCAGUUCCAUUAUGCGAGGCGGCAGGCUGUAGCAGAAAUUGGCAGAGGACUGAAAGAUGUCCUUAAUUGGUAGACUCUGUCUAUACUGUUGGCCUGUCUAUACUGGUCCUCAGUUGGGUUACAGCCUGACCUAAGGUGGAUCACAAAAGCAGCACUGCUGCCCAAUGAAUAUGUGGUCUGAAAAUUAACAAGUGGGUCUACAUUUCUUGAUGGGUUCUGCUGAGUCUGUUUGAAGACUAUCUCACUGAGGUGAGUAAGGAUGCAAAGUAACAGGUACACCUGUGCUUCUGGGACAGCGGUCACAGCUAGAGUGAAGUAAGGCAUUGGAGCUCUAACAUGACCAGAUUAUGGGAAGAGCUGUUGCUGCUGCUGCUGUUGCUGCUGCUGCUGUUGGAAGAACUGCUAUAUUGUUGUAAAUAAAAUCUGCUGUUUUCUUAUUAGGAGGAGUUCUGGAAUGUGUAUGUAGGUAAGAGAUCCAUUUUUUUUUCAACCAAGUAUUUCUUUAAAAUGCUGUUGAUAUGUAUUAGAUAAGAAAUAAAUUAGUUGAUUCAUUGGGUAAUAUCCAACUAAGGCAAUAAUCCAAGUAGAUUUGAGUUGCUUGACUUCUAUGAGUCUACUCACAGUAUGACUAAUGUAGGAUAUACAUUAUUAUUAUUAUUAUUAUUAUUAUUAUUAUUAUUAUUUCAGAUUCAAUUACACUUCUUAGCUAGGACAGAUUUUAGUUGUUCCAGGUUAAUGUGAACUACUUUGAUUGUGACAAAGGAACUGUAGCUCCAUGUUUAAAUGCUCCCCAGCCUGUAUCUUAGUAGAAAACAUGUUCAGAGAUGCUAAAUUGUGUGUUUCCACUCUCCCAUGGCUGCAUAAAACUGAUAAAGGAAGACCCUAUGCCACAUAUUGACUGAUUGGUGCCUUCAACAUAUAUAUAUAUUUGAAACAACAGAAGCAAAGCCUGCUGGUGGAAGAGUUUUACAUUUUGGUGGGGGUGAGACUGAGAGAGCCAAAGCAAACAAGGGAUUACAAUCCACGUUUGCAAAGGUGGCUUCCUAUUUUCAAAGGAUGGCAGCAACUCUUAGAGCUGUGAGCAGCUGUUUUAAGAACUUAUGAUCAGCAUUUUGCAAUAGGAAUGAAAGCUGAACCCUUAGCUCUUAAUCUAUAUGCCCCACACAUCGACAAUAAGUGUGCUUAUAAGACCCCAGUCCAUAGCAAGUUCUAUUAAUUUCAGUGGAACUUACCUCAAUAUAAUGUCCAGGAUUUAGGCACAGGAGCUGUAGCAACAGUGGAGCAGACCACCUUAGAAGCUGGUGGACUCUCCUUUGUAAGAGGUUUCAAAGCAGAGGCUGACUGGCCACCUAUCAGGGACAUCAUAGUGGUAGAUGCCCUAUGCUGACAGGUAGUUGGACUAGAUGAACUUUGGGGAACCAGUAUAAAAAGUGACACCGGGUAACCUCAUAUUUUCAUUCUUAACACAUUCAUUAAUACCUUGGAUAACAAGAAAUUAUAUUACAAAAAUAUAUUUUUUCCCCAAAUGCUAGAUGGGGAUCAGUGUGCUUCAAACCCUUGCCAUGACCGUGGAACAUGCAAAGAUGGCAUUAAUAAAUAUACCUGCACAUGUUUGGAUGGCUAUGAUGGGCCGAACUGUGAUAGUGGUAAGUUGUGUUUCAGUUGCAAAAUAGCAGUGACUCUCUUUUUUGUUGGUUUAUUUCACCACGUUCUCUGAGGGUGGGCUCCAUACAGCACCACAGAAGCAUCCUAGGCUGAGACGAUACGAAACAGCAUUUCUAAAUAUGUUGUUAUGAAUGUGGGAACUGCCAAUACCAUUUCUCUCUCUCUGCUAGUUUAGCUUCCGGCUCGAAGGUUGUUGGUCUUCCUCCCUCCAUUUUCUACUUCAGGUGCACGUUGCUCCCAGGCCUUCUCUUUGUGAAACACAGAUCCCAUUUUUAACAGGCCACCCCAAUCCCUGCCGAACUGUGGUCUUUGUCCUCAACCAGGGUCUGUGUUUCUUUGGAGAACUGAAGACAUGGCAGAGGCUGUCGUAGCUUUAAGAAAUAGGAUUUAUUCACAUAUUUACACCUGAAUUUAGAUGGAGGGACUACAGAUCUCAAGAGGGACUUGUCCCUCACAACAGUACAGUAUUUGAGUCCAAGGCAUCUCUCCCAGCCAGCCAGCCUAAAUCGUCCUGCAUUUUUCAGCUAUUCCAAGCUUUGUGAAAGGCCCCUAAACUCUUCCUGUCUCAUUACAUCCAGUUACCCUGGCAACUUGUCUCUCUUCACACCGGAAACUUAGGAGCCAACUCCUGGCGUUUGUGGGGACUUGAGCCUCACAAAGUUGAUGGACAUUCCCAUUCAAAUGCUGUGUGUGCACUGCGUCAUGUGAUAGAUUAUGUGGGGCAAGGCUUAGCCGGGCCCCCACAAUAUUUUAUUCAUGUUGGCACCCCUGACAGUUCUCUUGCAUUGCCAAUGGUCCUCAGUGGCUCUGCAUUGUUUUGUAACAGCCCAUGCUUGGCCAGGUCCUUUUGCAUAGGCUAGGCCAGGAUUUCCUCUGCAGCUUGUAUUUCUCCUUUCAUAUCCCAAAAUCUUACCAUUUAUUAAUUUAUUGGUUUAGGGGACUCUCCCCCCACCUAGGAAUGCGGGUGGCGCUGUGGGUUAAACCAGAGAGCCUAGGGCUUGCUGAUCAGAAGGUCGGUGGUUCGAAUCACCGCGACGGGCUGAGCUCCGGCUGCUUGGUCCCUGCUCCUGCCAACCUAGCAGUUAGAAAGCACGUCAAAGUGCAAGUAGAUAAAUAGGUACCGCUCCGGUGGGAAGUUAAACAGCGUUUCCGUGCGCUACUCUGGUUCACCAGAAGCGGCUUAGUCAUGCUGGCCACAUGACCCAGAAGCUGUACACCGGCUCCCUCGGCCAAUAAAGCGAGAUGAGCGCUGCAACCCCAGAGUCGGCCACGACUGGACCUAAUGGUCAGGGGUCCCUUUACCUUUACCUUUGCCCCCCCCCCACCAUAAAUAAUAUGCUGUACGGCACUGGCUGGGAACUAGAGGCAGACAUCACCUAUCAUUUCAGUUCCCUGAUCCUUUUAAAUGUUCACUACGGUGAGAUCCUAAGGAAGGGGAGAGCUUAUGCAUCUGACUGCAGGGUUGAAGAAAACGUUCCUCUUUAAAUGUAACUUGAGCAAAACAGGAUUCCCAUAUGUAUUAGAUAAGUAUUUAAGAAUGCUUCUCAUGGCCAUCUUGUUGACCACUGAGAAUAAGAUGCUGGUCUGAUCCAGGAGAUUUGAUUCUUACGUCCCUAUGCAUUUAUGGUAUCCACACAAUGGUUGCGUUUGCACAUAAUGGUAGCUUGACUAUCUGGCUUAUUGUGUUUUAUCGUGAAUGAGCAAUUCCUGCCAAAUUGUUCCUACUCCGCUCCUCCAGGGUUUGUGGUUUCUUUCUCCCUAGCAAACCACGAUAGCUAGCCAGUCCUGACCCACGAUUUGUUGUUCUUUUGUUGGCUUGCUGAUCGUGGCUUGUUAGGGAACAACAAACCAUGAUUUCUGGUUCAAACAUAAACGAGGCUUCCUGUUUUGUUUCUCCCACUGGAGCAAAGCACACAGUUUCAAAAAUUGCUGCUGCGUCUUGGAGGACGUUAUGCUCAGGCUUGCGGUCAUGAAUUGGCUAGACUACAAACCAAUUUUCCUGAAAAGCAGUUGGCUUUUCAGUGACCCUCAACAAUUGCCCCAUUUGUCCAUUGAUAGAGCUUUAGCUUAAACAGUAGAGAACACAAAGGAAUUACCCAGUGCAAAAAAAAAAAUGCCUUGAAAAAUUUACAACCUAGAGGAAAAUGGCUCUGGCUUUAAGUAACAUUUUAACCAUUGCCUGAAAAAUGUGUGUUAAUUUAUGCUUCAGCACUCAUGUAUUUGUCUUUUAUACAGUCAUACAAAGAUCCUGCAAAUUGCAGAAUGGUGGCUGUAAGCAGUUCUGCAAGCUUGUAGAAAACAAUAUUGAAUGCUUUUGUGCCAAUGGAUAUAUUCUGGAAAACAAUGGACAAUCCUGCAUUCCUACAGGUAUGAAGCCAUUUGUUUGGUUGAAGCAACUUGUUAUAAUUAUAUAUUCUUAUUUUUUGGGUGCAUUUUUGCAUGCAUUGUCUUUUUUAAUGCUACCAACAGUUUAAUUUCGAGUUUGCUUUUCCCCUUUUACAAGGAUAUUCUCAAACUUUCUUAUCUCCAUUUUUUCUCUUCAUGUUCUGAAAUAAAUCCAUAAAUUUCCAGGAGUCUUCAGCAAUCUAAAGUUGUUGUUUCUCCUAUUCACAAAAUAAGUUAAAGAAGAGGAAGAGGGACAUAGGCUGACAUAUUGAUGCUGACAACGUUUUCUGGCUGCUGCAAAAUUAAAAUCCUGCAUGCACGAAGAGCACCCAUAUCACAAUAAAUAGCCAUUCAGAAGCACCCAUAGAAUUUGUUCUUUUGACUUCUACCUUAAAAUAAAUCGUAGUACCAAAAAAAAAAAUGUUAAGAGAGACACUGGAGGUACUAUUUCCCCCCCUCGUUUUUCCCUCACCCAGCAAUAUCAGUGUUUGUUUUUUUAAAGGAUUAGUUACUAUAAGCCAUGAAAGAUGCAUUUUAAAGUUAAACCCUAAUUUCAUAUCUAAACCUCUGUGAUGUUCCGCAUCUAUUUAUUUAUUUAUUUCAAUUUGAUUUUAUUUAAUUUAUAUACCGCCCUAUACCCGCAGGUCUAAGGGCUGUUCACAGGAUAAAAUCAGAAUAUAAAACCACAAAAUACUUCUAUCUACACUUUGUGUUCUGCAUCCUUUAUUAUUGAUAUAUAGUUUGUUUCUAACUGUGAGUGCACAGAUUCUGAUGUGGUUUAAGGGUCUGAGAAAGAGAAUUUUUUUAAUCAAAAAGAAUUUCAUUUGACCAUUAGAUCUGAAGGUCCUUUAGCUGAUAUUUUCAUUUUAAGGUGACCUAUGUCUUUCCUCUGUGCUUUUUUAAAUUUCAUCAUAUUUGAAAGGUGCAAUGAAAAGAUAGUUGGUCACAGGAAAAUUAAGUAAUCAUAGGUUCGUAAGGCACUCUUACGAAUGUUUAUUCAAAAAUAAUGCUCCAUUGAGUUCAAUGGGUCUUUGCCUUCUGACUUCCCUUCUUUCCUGCUUUGUCCACCUUUCAUCUUCCUGGAUCCAAGCCACAUCCAGGAGCCAGUUUCUUGACCCAGGGCUGGUUAUAUGGAGCAUAUGACUCUCUUCUUCAAACAGCUCCACUGGCUACCAAUCUGUUUCUGGGCACAAUUCAAAGUGUUAGUUAUGGCUAAGAAAGCCCUAAACUGCUUGGGUCAAAGCUGUCUGAAGGACUUAUACAAACCUGCUUGGGCUUUGAGAUCUUUGGGAGAGGCCCUUCUCUAGCUCCCGCCACCCUCACAGAUAUGCUUGGUAAGGAUGUGGGACAGGGCCUUUUCUGUGGCUGCUCCCAAACUUUGGAAUCCCUUCCCUAGAGAGCUGGACUGGCUCCUUCCUUGUGAAACAGGUGAAAGCAUUCUUGUUCCAACAGCCGUUGGAAACUGGCUGCUUUUAAUGAGGGGGCUUGUGUCGUCCUUUUUUUUGCAUUUUUUUGUAAAAUUUUAAUAGAUGUGUGUGUGUGUGAGAGAGAGAGAGGGAGGGAGAUUUAAUUCUAUAGAUUCUAAUUUUUAAUUAUUUUUUCUAUGGUUUUAGUGCUUCUUAUUUUUAUCUGUAAGCUGUCUUGAGUAUCUUCAGGGGAAAAGGCAGGGCAUAAAUAAAUAUAAUAAUAAAAAGAAUAUUUCAGCCCUCCCUAGGAAAAGGCAUAUUUUAAAAGACUGACUUUUUUGUUUCUGUUAAGUUGUGGGUGAACAUAUCAGACGACACAGCGAUUCUUCAAACAGCUCUUGUUUAUUCACAGGCCAGGACAGAACUGAACUGAAGGGUUCAGUCAGCCUGCUUAUAUAGAGCUCCAGUACAAUGUAACUGUAACAAUUUUCUAAAACUAUCCAAUCACUGAACGUCACUUUAGAUCCCUUCUUUGCAUAACUAUCUACAGUAUCCCCCUGCUGGCCCAGGGUAAGAACUUCAGUACAUAACAGUUUCAUUGGCACAAGUUGGCUUGGUUGUGCUGCCUAAUUUAAAAUGCUGUUUUUGCAGUUCCAUAUCCAUGUGGUCGGAUUCAGAAAAAGAAGGUGGCAAAGAGAGAAGCAAGUUAUUUAGAAGAGUUGGAUUAUAAUGACACACAGAUUUUCCCAAGCCCUGGUCCCGAAGAUGAAGAGCCAUUGUAUGGGGUCGAAGAAGAUCCUGACGAGGACCGUGGUGUCAGAAUAGUUAACGGAGAGGAUUGUAAACUGGGCCAGUGUCCUUGGCAGGUAAGUUACUCUGUCAUGUAUCUUGUAUAAAUAUUAUAUACCGUACUCAUUUAUUAUCCAUAUUUAACAAUGGACACUGAUUCUAUCAUUUUUAACUGCUCCGAUAUUGUAUUAAAGUGGGGAACAGCAAGGAUCCCCACUCCAGGCUGUGGUUGGCUAGAUUACCUGUUUUUAAACUUUUUUUUUUAAAGGCAAUAAAUAGCUUUUACAAGAAGAGAGUCAGGGCUAUGGGCCUGGAACCUUCAGCCUCAUCAGGUUUCCCACAGGACUUCAGAUUCUGAAGUAGACUAUCCAGCUCAUGUUCCAUCCUGACCGAAUCAGACAAAUGAAUCUCUUUUGGAAUUGGAGUUUGGCAAUUCCUUAACCAACCCUGGGCUCUUCCCAUCAAGGCAUUUUGCUGCCUGAGGCAAAGGGCAAGAUGGCAUCUCCUCCAUUCUCUGUACAUAAACUCUUACUUCAGCCUUAGUUGAUGGGGCAGAGUCCUUCACUAUACCUGCAGGCAGCAGGCUAGCUUAUGGGGCUCAGGCCAGGCUGUAUGGCCCUCACAGCUUUUCCCACUCCUUGCCCCUUAGCUUUCCCCUGCUGCCUGAGAAAGCUGCCUCACUCUGCCUAAUGGUAGCGACAGCCCUGCUUCCUAUUAAACCCCUGACAGAAAUGCACCACGUCACUCAGGCACUUAAAAGUUGCUUUUCUAAAUCUGCUCUUUUCUUUUCUUCCCUGUCUUUGUAUGUCCUUAUUUGGUUUGCUCCCCUCAUUUGGCUCUGCCUUAUUUUGAUUCUUACAGGUGUUCUAGAAAGAAGACUCAAUACAUCCUACGGUGUCAUUUCUCCCUCAGAAAAAAAAUCUACUUACUCACGCAAUCCUGAUUUUUGUACCUGCUUCUUUUUUUCAGGCACUUCUGAUAGAUGAUGCAGGAGAAGGGUUUUGUGGAGGGACCAUUCUGAGCCCAAUGUAUGUGCUUACCGCGGCUCAUUGUAUAAAUCAGACAAAAACGCUGAAAGUUGUUGUUGGUGGGUAUUUUCGAUUUUUGUCACCUAUUCAAAGAUGCUAAAUUAUAAAAAAAAAAUUUGGUAGGUGAGGUAUACAGAGGUAAUCACUAAUAGUUUUUAGUAUCUUGCUCAAUAUCUCACCAAAAUUCAUGUUUUGUAAAUAAGCCUUUGGCUGUGAGCUGUGGUUGUGUGUGUGUCUGUGUGUGUGUGUUACUAAUCUCAUGUGGGAUUUUUAAAAAAAGAAAUCAGAAGUGGGCAGGUGGGUGUGAAUGAAUUGGGUAUGAACUGUGGUGCUCAAAGGAAGGUGUUUUUCCCCGUGGGGCAACUUGCAGCUUUGGAAUAUCAGUGGUAAUUGAGAAAAUACACUGGCGGGGGGUGGGGAGGAUUAGCACCCACCUACAGAAGAUGCCUGGGAUGUGGGUGGCGCUGUGGGUUAAACCACAGAGCCUAGGGCUUGCCGAUCAGAAGGUCGGCGGUUCGAAUCCCCACAGCGGGGUGAGUUCCUGUUGCUCGGUCCCAGCUCCUGCCAAUCUAGCAGUUUGAAAGCACAUCAAAGUGCAAGUAGAUGAAUGGGUACCGCUCCGGCGGGAAGGUAAACGGCGUCUCCGUGUGCUGCUCUGGUACACCAGAAGCGGCUUAGUCAUGCUGGCCACAUGACCCGGAUGCUGUACUUGGCCAGUAAAGCAAGAUGAGCGCCGCAACCCCAGAGUUGGCCACGACUGAACCUAAUGGUCAGGGGUCCCCUUUACCCUUUACCUUUACAGAAAGUGCAAGUCCCAGUCAUAGAACGUCUAGGGCCAGCCUGUCUGAGUCAGAGCUGCAAAUGGUGAGUGUGUGUGUGCGCGCACACACACAUAUCAAGGAGCAUAAUACCCAAGCUGGACAAAUGAUUCUGUCACCUGAGAGAGCAAAUCCCACAAGUACUUCCUCCCUUUCCUGGCAGGAAAAAUGCAACAAUAACAAAUUGCCAUCGGUUUCCAACCUUUUUGUGACUCCCGAAAUAAGCUGCCCUCGCUAUGCGUAGUGGGAAGACUGGUCCCAGAAAUAUUCCCAGUAGCAGACUACUACAGUUCCCAGAAUUCUUUGAAUGAAAGAAUGCGCUUCAAAUGUCCUUCAAAUAUUUAGCAGGAAGUGUAUAGUGUGUAGGCAGACUUAGAGAAAAUGCAGAUCAUCUUGAAGAUACCUGGCGGGACUUCCUUACCUUUUUGGCAAUUCAGGAGGUGUGCGCAACCCCUGCUUACCUCUGGCAGCUGCCACAGAAUCUCAGAAAAUAUUGCCAUUUUCAUCCCCCUUCCCUGUUCUUCGUUCUGUCUUCCAUUGAAUUUUUAAAAAAAUCUAUUUGUUAAUUCGGUUAACUGUAUUAUCAGGUGUCAAAUAAUAGGUGUCAAAAUUAUUAUCAUUAUACAUCCAGAAGUUGGGGUUCUGGGAGGGUGGAAAGACAUAGUUUUGUGAGCAAGGACUGGAUGAGUUGGGAAGAGAUCAGCAAGUUUUGUAUUUAUUCUGGAUCAAAUGUUGUGGAGUACAAAUGUUGUUGUUUUUAUUAUAUUCUAAUGGGGGGAGAUUAAUAACAACAACACCCAUUUUGAAUACCAAUGCACCUCAUAUUUGUAUCACGUAAUAAUUAUACUGUGUUGUUCUCACACAGGGGAAGUGAACACAACAGUGAGUGCAAGAACAGGGACUGUUCAUACAGUGGAGAAGAUAUACGUACAUCAAAAAUUUGUUUUGGCAACCUAUGAUUACGAUAUAGCCCUCAUUCAGCUGAAGACCCCUAUCCAGUUUUCCGAAAACGUGAUCCCUGCAUGCCUUCCCACUGCGGACUUUGCAAAUCAAGUCCUGAUGAGAGCAGGAAAGGGUAUGAUCAGUGGCUUUGGCCGCCUCCACGAAAGAGGCCGAGUUUCCGCCACGCUCAAAAAAAUUGAUGUCCCCUAUGUCGAGAGGCAUAUCUGCAAGCUAUCCAGCAAUUUCCCAAUCACUGAAAAUAUGUUCUGUGCUGGUUACCAUACCGUAGCCCAAGAUGCAUGUCAGGGAGACAGCGGAGGACCACAUGUCACUCAAUACUGGGACACUUAUUUUGUGACUGGUGUAAUCAGCUGGGGGGAAGGGUGUGCAAGGGAGGGGAAAUAUGGGAUUUAUACCAAGGUGUCGAGAUUCAUAGGUUGGCUGAGGAGAAUAAUGCGUCCAAAGCUGUAACACGGUGGAGCGUAAGAGGACAACCAUUGUCUCCCUGAUCAUGGUUUAUUGUCGUGUUUCACACAGGCAUUUCCACAGAUGAAUUAAAUAGGUCACUUUGCCUAGGACUUAAGCCAGCCUCUGCCAACCAGGAUUAUUUUUGGACUAUAACUCCCAUCAGCCACAGCCAGCACAGCUAUGCUGGUUGGCAUUGAUGGGAGUUGUAGUACAAAACAUCCUGAGGGCACCAGCUUAGUAAGGGAUGACUUACACUAUGUUACUUUAAUGGCCUCUUCAUUUCAAAAGCCUUGUGCAGGUGUUCUUCCAGAACAAGAAAGAUCAAUAUAGUAUGUAGUUUUGCCUAAUGCAAUGCAUUUUUGUAUGUUAUUUUGAUUUAUAUGUAUUCUGUGCCCACCUAGUACAUGCAUUUUUGUGCACAUUUACUUGUCUGGAGAACUGGAUUGCAAAAUUCAGAGAAGUGCAAGUUUUGAAGGAUGUUUUGCUUCAUGUAUUCUUUAUAGAAUCACAAAUUCCAUGUUAGCCUUUAAAUGCUAACUGAACUGAAUUUCUUCCCCCGUCCCUAUAAUGCCAUAAUAAAAGAAAGUGUUAACGUUUAUCUGAUGGGAAAACGCUAUGUUGUUAUACAUCAUUUUCAACAACGCAUCCUUUACAGUAGCAACAAAUUAUAUGCCUUGUGGACGGUG